UUGUGCGUGCCACGAUCACGUGGCUUGCGUGCGAGGGCCGUAGACAAUAAGAGUAGACGCCAUCUUUUUUUUUGAAGAUAUUAUUUUUUUAUUUUUUUUUCUCUGUUGGUGAGAAGGCAAGGCGGAGACGGCUCCUGGAAGGUUAAAAAAAUGGAACCAAAGCCAUCAAGACUGCCUCGUAGGAUAACUGUACAACCCUCCACCUUGUCCCCCAUAACUUCACGGACCUCAAGGGUGGAACGAUUAGGUGGAAUCAGUGACACUUAUAACAGAGACAGCUCAAGAAGACAUGAUCUUGACUAUCAGGAUUCUAGUACCUACCGUAAUUCCAGUCGAGACUGGUCAUUCAGGGAGAGGGACAGCUUUGAGCCUUCCUGGAAGACCACCACUUCAUCUUACCAGCGCUGCUCAGGAACGUAUGAGCAGCCCCUGUCUGGGGGCUUAGUAUCAAGCAGGAGCCGUCUUUCAACAUCAUCUUCAACUCCUCAGUCAACGUACGAGCCAUUGGAGAGGGCUCAGGGCACUUAUACUGGAUUGCACAGCCAGCAGCAGGAUCGGGACUCAAAGAGACCAAAACUAUCAUAUUCUGCUUAUUCCUCUCUUUCUGGCAUUAGAAGCACAAGUAGUGGUUUAAGUUCCACUUCAGAUUCUACCAGCAGGUAUGGAAGGUUUCCAAGGACUUCCCCUAUGAUGCUAGGUUCCAGUAGAUCUGAUUUUACUAGAGACCGAGAAAGGAGGACUGAUUCAACCAUCCACAGUCUUAUGGAUUAUAGUCAUAGAAACUCGGACACUACACAGUCAUAUCUUCAAGACAGAGUUUCUUCAUAUGCACAAGGAGCAAGGCCAAAAGAUAAUUCCUUAAGCACAUCUCGACCCAACACGUCUAUCAGCCACCAGCUGCCUUCUCAACACAGCUCCUCGCUCUACAGCAGAGACUCAACCAGGAAUUUGCGGCCAGUGACUUCUAGAGAUAUACGUUCCUCAUCACAAGAUACUCAGACUGAAAUCCAGCAUGUCACAAGUAGGAGGGAAACUGCACCUAGAACUUCAGGAAGACUUUCGCCUGUUCAACAAAGAUCUAAUGAGCAGUCUACAGAUGUGGAGAGCAGACGCUCAACAAGGCACUUACUUUCUCGCAUUGCUUCUAGCAUGUCUUCUACCUUCUUUUCUAGAAGAUCUAGCCAAGACUCAUUAAAUGGACGAUCACCAAAUACUGAGGAAUCGCCAUCUAGUUUACAAAAUCAGUCUCCUCAAUGCAGGGUUGCUACUCCACCCAGUGCUGAUGCAUCUGAAAACAGGUCAUCUGAACAAUCUCAGGGAUUUGCCUUUUUCAGACGGCGACGCUGGGGUUUGUCUUCUGUCUCUCCCAGUCAGAGUUCAGAUUCUGAUGCAGACAGUUAUAGAUCAGAAGAUUCAGAAACAAGGUCUUCUGCAUCGUGGUUGCCUUCUUCCCUCAGAAACAGAUGUACACCUCUCUUUUCCAGGAGAAGGCGUGAAGGAAGGAGUGAAACUGCCAGAGCAUCAUCUACCUCUGACACUAACCGGAUACAUUAUCCGUUCAGGAGGAGUUCUUCAGAAGCAGCAUCUGCUGAUGAAGGUCAUGGAGCCACAGCAUCCUCUCCAGAUUCUAGUACGGACUCUUCAAGUGGAGCAUCCCUGGCAGAUUCCCUAUUUAGUGCGAGAAAUUCUGGCAUUUCGGGAAUGCUUCCUGGCUCAUUUCUACAAAUUUCAGUGCCCGGUGCAUUAAGUAGCUCCCUCUCAGACAAUGUCAUGAUAACAGUAGAUGUUAGGACAAGUGAUGUGCAAGAUAGUCAAAAGUCUCAAACUUCCUCCAGAGAUCCAGAGAAAAUAAAGCAAAUUCAAGAAAGCCUUCUACUAGAGGAUUCUGAGGAAGAGGAUGGAGAUCUGUGCAGAAUAUGCCAGACAGGAAUGACGACGCCAUUGAAUCCCUUCAUAGAGCCAUGUAAAUGUUCUGGAAGUCUUCAGUAUGUUCAUCAGGACUGUAUGAAGAAAUGGCUGAAUGCAAAAAUUAAUUCUGGCACUUCUCUAGAAAGCAUAACUACAUGUGAAUUGUGUAAAGAGAAACUGGAUCUGAACUUGGAAGAUUUUGACAUCCUGGAACUUUAUCGUGCUCAUGCCAGCGAGAGGGCCGAAUAUGAAUUUAUCAGCUCUGGUCUGUACCUGGUUGUCUUGCUCCACUUGUGUGAGCAGAGAUUCUCUGACAUGUUGGGAGCGGCUAAUGAAGCAAGCACUAGGUUUAUAAAUCUUGCCCGAACUCUCCAAGCACACAUGGAUGACCUUGAAACUUCAGAAGAGGAAGAUUCAGAAGAUGAAAGGGUAUAACUGACAUCAAACCUGUCCAUUUGGCCUGCAGCUUGAAGCUACCAAAGCAACAGCAUUAAAGAUGACAGUAAUGCAGGCAUAUUGUGCAUUUUUGCUUUGUAUUUUUAAUAUUCAGCCGUUCCAUAAUAGAUAUCCCUUGUAUUUGACCCUUAAAUCACUUUGUGAGCUUGGCAAUGUUUUUUUUUUGGGUUUUUUUUAAGUGCAAACGCCUCCUCUUGUGUUGACUGCAGGAAUCGGGAACCUUUAGCUCUCCAGGUGUUGUAGAACUGCAACAUGCAUCUGUCUCUACUUUUUGGGCUCCAAAGGUUGCCUUUCCUUGCUUGCACAAACUGUUUUUGGCCUCUUGUGUUUAUUUUUCCUUGUUUUCUUUUGGAACAUUCAUGCCUUUUUUUCUUUUUGUUAGUUUAACCAGGCCCUGAAGCUUUGUUUUUCAAUAAUCUUUUCUUUGUGUGUCUUUAUAAAUGUAUCUAGCCUUGCCUAUCAUCUUGCUAUUCUUAACUCUGAAAAGCAAUGUUUGCAUAACUAAAUAGGCUAUUAGACUAUGUUCUGGGACUGGGGGAGAUAUAUAUGCAGAAAAUUAUUAUUUUUCCUUUUAAGAAAAAAAUAACCAAGCCUUAAGUUGCAGGCUCCUAUUUUAUAAUAUAAGAAUAAAAUGCCUCCAAUGUUAAUUGUUUCCUAUGAAGGGGUUUUUGUACAGCUAAUUCCGUAUCCAAUGUUUUUUUGAUUCGACCUGUAACUUCAUAAAAGGCCAACAGAAAUCAGAGGUCAAUUCUCGAUAUGGAUUAAUUUUGUGUUGGGCUAAUAUUUUGUGCAUAUCACACUUUUACAGUCUGAAUCGUAUAGAGAGAACUGUAGCUGGAUGUCCCUUCAAACCACCUGUCAUUGCAGACAUCUUAGAACCAUGUGCAGUCACUUUCAACACUGACCUAUUGAUGUUUUAGUUGACAAUGAAAAUAAAGAUAAUGUAAGUUA